AGGCGUUUCAAAAACAGCCCCUGCAUACGCACCCCCCCACCUACCCUACUCGCCACCCAGCAGCGCUGCCAUUGAUGCAGCACCACCAGUUGCGAAACGCAUAAGGACUAGAACUUAUCCUGUUCGCAGAAACCCUUGCCCUACCUGAUCGUGUUUCGGACUUGUAGUGAAGGUUGUGGAUGCAGUACACCAAUUCGUGGAGCUGCCAACGCCUACUGGUCGUAGAUACGUCCGCUAAGACCUAAUACUUACCGCUUUAGUCUGUCAUUCAACCUCGGCAGCAUUUCCUCAGCGGCUAGAUCUGAUCAACAGCGUCUCAGUCACAGCUGCGCCGUAAAGGCGCUUUAAUCUCCUACAACAUGAGGCUCCGGUUACCUCUUAUCUUAGCAACUUUAGUAGCCGCAGUCGUCCUUGCCUCACCAGCUCUCGCCACGCACCGCGGGCGCGAGCUCCAGGAAGGUCUCCUAUUGGCUAAGAAAAGCCAGAGCCUGUACCGGAACAAGGAGGUCAAAGGCGCCGCCGGCGGCGACGGCGCUGGUGGCGCCGCGAGAGGCGCCGCAGAUGGCGCUGCUCCCUCCCUGACCAUCUUCUGCGCUCCGAAGCCGUACGAGUCGGUGAUGAACCCUAAGGACCGCACCGUGGACAACCAGCGCCGCGCGCUGCUCUCGUGGCUGCGAUUAACUCCGGCUCCUAAGAUCGUCCUUCUCGGGAACGACUCGACGUUUCACGCGCUCGCUCGGGAGUUCCCGACGCGCAUUUCCGUCGACGACGCCAUCGAUACUAAUUUCUACGGCGUGCCGCAAUUCCAUAGUAUCGUCGCGCGCGCGCAAGCCGCCGACACCGAUCUCUCGAUGAUCAUUAAUGGGGAUAUUAUUCUGCUGAAUGACGUCAUGGUCGCCAUCGAGAAGAUUCACCGCAGCUUCCCGCACUGGGUGAUGACGUCAGCGCGGUGGGACGUGAAGGAGGACUUUCCGUACUCGUUCGAACCUUCCAUGUGGGCUUCGUCGGGCGGCGGAGGCGGGCGCAGCAGCGCGGCGAUCGAGAAGGAGAUUAAGAAGCUCGUCCGGGAAAGCGGGUCGCUGCAUACCUAUGGCGGCGUGGACUUCUGGGCUUGGAACAACUCGCCGCUUCCGCUUUUCGCGGGGAUCAUGCCGCCGUUUAUGUUCGGACGCGGGAAAUACGACAACUGGCUGACGCACGAGAUGGUCGCAUCGGGCGUGCGACAAGUCGUCGACGCGAGCGACGCGGUGACGGCGAUCCACGUGGCGCACUCCUAUUCGCACGUGGUGGAGGGCGACGCGACGAAGGAGGGCAAGGGGCUCCUAGGGAAGAGUUUUUGGUCGACGCGGAAGCACAGCAGCUGGGAGCUUUUCGCGAACAUUCACAUGGCGCAGACGCACGGCUCGUACGUCAACCAGAAGGGCACCGCGCUGCACGUGCCCUGGAAACUCGCCACGUGUCACGAGCCCUCAGUCUUCAACAUGUGCCUGCAGAAGCGGCUGCGCCCCGCGACCUGCACGUGCGAGUUCUCAAACUUCGUGGAGAACUCACAGUCGGACCCGAAGCUCGACCCCACCGGGCACAAGUGGCAGUGCGGCACGGUGUCGGUCGACAAGCAGGAGGACUACUCGAUCGCCGCCGUUCCGUCCCCUAGAACGUCCAUCGGCCUGCCGCACACCAUGGAGCAGCUGCUGCCGCGCGUCGCGCGCGAAAUCGGCGGGCACAAGGUGGUAACCCUAGUCGCGGUUACGUUCGGGUAUGCGGAGAUGCUGAUGAGCUUCGUGUGCCGGCUGCGGGGGCUCGGGCUGGCGGACAAUCUCGUGGUGGCGGCGCUGGAUGAGGACCUCUACCGGUUCGCGUUCACUCAGGGGCUUGCUGUUUACUACGAGCAGGUUAGCGUAGGCCUCAAGGGCAUCGACUCCAAGAACUGCGCCUUUGGCAGCCAGUGCUUCCGCCAAUUCACCAAGCUCAAAUCGCGCGCCGUGCUGCGCGUGCUCAAGGCCGGCUACUCCGUCCUCUGGACUGAUGUCGACAUCGUCUGGUUCUCCGACCCUCUCCCGGACCUGAUGUCGUACGGCGCCGGCACCUUCCCGAUCCAGAGCAACGAGCCUAACGCCAGCCUCGCCGGGACUGGAAUCCGCCGGAUCAACUCGGGGUUUUACUUCGCCCGGUCAGACCCGCAGACGAUCGAGGGGUUCGAGGCGAUUACUGCGCAUGCCGCCACAACUAAGUUAUCGGAGCAGCCGAGCUUUUACGAUAUUCUGUGCGGGGUGAAGGGGGAGAAUGUGGUUCCUGGGAAGGAGGAAUGCGUGUGGAAAAACGGGCUGCGGACGAUUUUCCUCGACAGGGCGAUUUACCCUAACGGCGCGGUGUACGGGUUUUGGGAGGCGGCUGAUGUUAUGGAGGCGUGCAGGAGAAAGGGAGCCAAGAUUCUGCAUAACAACUGGAUCGCUGGGAAGGAUGCGAAGAAAGAGCGGUUUGUGGUGAACUCGUUUUGGCACUAUGACGGGUUGAGACGGAUGUGCACGUGGGACUGGCACAGCAAGCUCCCAGAUGUGAUUGUGCCUGAAGUGAAGGUGAUCAAGGCCACCACAUAAGGCACUGUUGGAGGAGUGUUUACUCAGUUUUUUUGGCACUAUGAGGGGUUGACACGCAUUUGCAGGUGGGACUGGCACAUCAAGCUGGCAGAUGUGAUUGUGCCUGAAGUGAAGGUGAUUGCAUCUCUCCCACCACAUGAGGCACUGUUGGAGCUUGUUGAAGGAGAGGCAACUUGGCGUGUAGUUGUGAUUAGUGCGUAAUUGUGCCUGAAGUGAAGGUGAUUGCAUCUCUCCCACCACCUGAGGCACUGUUGGAGCUGGUUGAAGGAGAGGCAACGUGGUGUGUAGUUGUGAUUAGAGUGUAAUUGUUCCUGAAGUGAAGGUGAUUGCAUCCAUCCCCACCAGGUGACGAGGCCUCUAGUAUGACUCGAGGUGCCUCGCACGGAUGAUAGGUGACUCAAGUGAAGGAGAUUAGAGCCAUUUGCACGAGUGGCUUUUGGGGACUAAAACGAUGGAAUCAGCUCUGAAGGGCUGCUGUCUUUAUGUGAUUGGAUCACUGCACCACAGUGCCUCGUCAUGGGUUGUCGGGGGGUGCAAGUUGGAGGUAUAAUUGCACUUGCUGUAAUAUCAUUCAUGUAUC